AGUGGCGCUGAUGGAAAAAAAGUCCAUUUUUAGCACCCCAUGUCAGAGUUUCUAGCCAGGAGGCUGCCAAUGCCCAACCCCAGUGCGGCUGCUCCAGGGAGCCGCGUCCCGCCCCCGCCGGCGCGCCCCGCCCCGCAUCGGCGCUCGGCUGCUCCGGCCUGGCUCGCUGCGCUCGGCGCUCGGCAGGGGGCGGGGCGCGCCGCCUCACGCUCUCCCGCACCCCCGCCCGCCCGGCGCUUCCCCCGCCGCAGCCCCGCCGGCCAUGUCGCGGGGCUCCCGCCUGGCGCUGGCCGCCUCCGCGCUGCUUUCCGCCGCCAUCGUGGCAGCCGUGCACGUCCACCAGCGCCGGGAGCUGGAGAGGCUGCGAAGUGGCGUUGUGAGAGAUCUUGAACGUCAGAAUCAGAAAAAGGAGAACAUUCGCCUGUUAGAAGAGCAGAUUGCUCUGACAAAGCAGCUCAUGGAAGAGAGAGACAAGGCGCUAAUGGAAAAACGUUCCCAGCAGUCCUAGGCGUAGGCC